AUGUCCGAACAGCUCUUCACCCUCCCCGACGGUCGCACGAUUGCCUACCGCGUCUCCGGCGCGCCUGACGGCUAUCCCCUCGUCUGGUUCCACGGCACGCCGUCCAGCACGGAACCCCCACCGGCUCUGGAAGCGGCCGCCAAGAAGCAGGGCAUCCGCAUCAUUGCAGCUGCCCGCCCCGGCUACGGCGGUUCCGGCCGCCACCCCGGCCGUCGCGUCGUCGACGCCGUGGCCGACACCCAGGCCCUCAACGACUUCUUGGGCGUCCGGGAGUGCCUGCUCAUGGGCUGGAGCGGCGGCGGACCGCAUGCGCUCGCCUGUGCGGCGCGUCUCCCGGGCGCCCGGGCCGCCCUGACGAUUGCCGGCGUGGGCCCCGCCGACGCGCCGGACCUGGACUUUCUCGCGGGCCAAGGCGACGACAACGUCGAGGAGUUUCGCGCGGCGGCGGCGGGCGAGCCCGCCCUGCGCGCCUUCUGCGACACCAUGCGCAGCGAGAUCCGCGCCGGCGGGCCCGAGGGCGUGGUGGCCGCGUUCGACACGAUCCUGAGCGACGUCGACAAGGCCGCGGCCCAGGACCCGGCCAACGGGCUGCGCGACUACCUCUUCCACGUGCUGAACGACGGCCUCGGCGCCGGCGUCGACGGCUGGAUCGACGACGACUUGGAGUUUACGCGGCCCUGGGGCUUUGACCUCGCCGAGAUCGACGUCCCCGUCCUGUUGUACCAGGGCAGCGACGACAAGAUGGUGCCGUACGCGCACGGCCAGUGGUUUGCCAAGCACCUGCCCGCCGCGUCGCUGCGGGCACACCUGAUUGAGGGCGAGGGCCACGUGAGCCUCGUGGCCAAGGGGGCGGAGCUGCUGACGGAGCUGGUCGCGGCGGGAGACGUGAAAGUAGAGCAGUAG